AUGCCUGCCUCAUCAUCAGGCGACGAUGUUUCACCGGUCUAUAAACCGGCUCUCUUUGAAAAACGAUGGGAUUGCGACAAAUGUCCAGCAAAGACUGUCACCGACUUCUGCACCAUCACAAAAACAGCGACUGACACUUGUACCAUCACAAAAACAACGACUGACACCUGCACCAUCACUAAAAAAGAGACUGACACUUGCACCAUCACAAAAAAAGAGACCAACACUUACACCAUCACGAAAAAAGAGACCGACACUUGCACCGUCACGAAAAAAGAAACCGCGACUACUACCAAGACGGAAACUUCCGCUAUAAAAUACCCUCCGGUGACCGUCACCUGCACUGAGACCGUGACCAAGUAUAAUGUUAAAACUGACAUCGUAACUCACGAGAAAGAUAUAACCAAGAUCGAUGAGGAAACGCGGACCGAUGUUGUGGUCAGCGUUAAAACUAAGACUGAAACUGUAACCAGCAAAGAAACAGUCAUUAAAACCGUAUCAGACACAAAGACCGUAUCAGAUACAAAGACCGUAACAGACACGAAAACCGUAACAGACUUGAAAACCGUAACAGACUUGAAAACCUUAACAGACACAAAAACCGUGUUGGAUACAGUCACAAAAACCGUAACAGACAAGGAAACCUUAACAGACACAAAGACCGUGUCAAAGACCGUAACGGCCACUACCACCGUUCUUCCUUGUAAUAAACCCGUCAAGGAUACUCAAUGUGAUUCGGCAAUGUUUGCAUUUGUUUCCCCGGCAUCGGGAAGUGUUCUCAAAAGAAACGAAAAUUUUGAGGUCAAAUAUAACAUCACCAAGCUUCCUGGUGAACAAAGUGGUUUCUUGAAAGAUCUCCAAUUCUACCUGGUUAGCAGCGAUUUACAUUGUGUAAAUCAGACCAUCGCUAAAGACGCUGAUACUACGCCCACACGAGUCUGCAACAAGUCAUUGCAAUACACAAUAUCAGCCUGUCCCAAGGUACCUCCAGGAUAUUACGCGAUGCAAGUUAUGUAUAAUUUCUGCAAUACCACGAGUGGUACCGAU